UCUCCCUGACAGAGUAAAAGAAUGAGGGAGCUCGCAGCUCCGGCCGUGCGCCACCCGGAGGAGGAACGAGGACCACGGGGAUUUAAAAACUUGACAACCUGCGGAGUUUGUUGACCCUUUUCCCUUUUUUUUCUUUCACACCCCCAAGAGAGAUGAGAAAACAUGCCGUUUUGUAAACGCACGAUACUUCCCAAAGAUGUGUGCAAGGAUGUGCGCGGCGGGCUGCGGGCGGCGGUGUUCCUGGAGCUGGCCGACGUGUGCGGCUUCUCCCUGGGCUCCGCGCUGCGGCAGCUGGCCGACCUGUCCCGACACUCGCUCAGCAUCCUGCAGGACCUGGAGGGGGACCUGCGGGCCAUCUGCAGCCGCUCCGGGGCCCUGGAGGGCAGGCUGGCCCGCCUGCAGAGGCACGUCGCGGAGCUGGCCAGCAAGCCCCCACCGAGAACCACCAGCGGUUUAGAGGCAGAGAGCGUGAGGCGCGGUGGCAGCAGCAUCCACGGCGAUGGCAACCACGGCAGCGGCGGUGGCGGCAGCGGGGGCAGCAGCGGCGGCGGCGGCAGCGCGGCCCAUUUCAGGUCUCCAUGGCAACAGAGCGUGAACGUGUUUGGCUCUUGGAGCAGGCCGGAGUGUGUCGAGGAGCUGCACCAGCAGGCACAGCUCAACCUCCAGAGCCUGCUGCAAGAGUUUGAGGAUCAGCUGUACGACACCAAGCUGACCGGUCAGACCUUCCGACAUCCGUCCUCGCAGAGCUCCGACGACACGUCCACGUCGCUCAGCCGCUCACCCGUCUCCCUGAACAACAAGAGACCAGACUUCAUCUUCCUGCCGGCCUCCAAGCAGCUCUACGAAGAUGAAACCACCUCCUCGGUGUUCGGCCUGAGGUCUGUGACCGACCCGUCCCCCUCCCCGUCCCCGUCCCCAUGCGGCUCAGAUCGCCCCCCUCUGGGCUGGAGCAGCAACAACAGUAGCAGCAGCACGGCCACCUCUGCCACCACGGGGCCGCCGGUGGCAGAGAAACCCCGCUGGCUCCCGGGCAGACGCGCUCCCGCUUACUUCCUACCGCUCGACAUCACAGGUGAAAGAGGAGGAGUCAAAUUCCACGGGGUUGACCUCCUCCAGCACUCCCCGUCCCCAUCCCCCUCUCCCGGGGAUCCCUUCCCCCAGCAGCCCCACUCCCUGGAGCCUGUGACUGACACCCCACACCAAAACCUCCCGCUGAGAAAGACGCACUCCGACCUCGAGACAACCUUACCUGCAGAUAACAAUUUGGGGCAGCGACCCCAAGACCAUCUUCGUCCUGGAACCAUGGACCACUCUGGGUUGCUGUUCUCCAACACAUCCUCUUCCUGGAAUGGACCUAAAGGAUCCACCUUUUCCCCUGAAACGUGGAACGAGCCUUACAACUAUAACAUGGGCAAAGGCCCUCAAGUUCCCCCCAAGCAGCACAGCAUCAUUGGUAAUGCAGGAGGGACACAGGAGGGGGUGAUGCUGGUGAGCUCGGGACAGUCGGCGAGCUCGCAUUCCAGCUCGUUCACAUCUGUCACGGACCCUUCUGGGAGAACGGGACACAGCAUGUCGGGGUUUACUCUGGCAGCAGUCUCCAUGGGGAAGCGGAGCGAAACAGAAGGGUCUGCGGUGGAUGGAGGCGGUGGGGAGGGAGGGCGAGGGAGGGAGAGGUCGGCACGAUCCAUAGCAGCACAGAACGCCUUCAAGUUCCGGGAGCGUUCCCUGUCAACACCCACAGACUCUGGCACAUUCUGCUUUACAGAGGGCGGCAUAGGCCCAGAUGGGAAUAUCACAUCUCCUGGGAAUGGGAACACCGUGGCAAUAGACCACCAACGGGAUCAUCACAACUUUCUGGCCUUCGGAGAAAGCUACGCCCUCCUCUACCCUAGAGGGAGUUCAGAAGACAGUGCGAGUACUACUGACACAGUCUCCGUCUCUGCGUCAGAGUACAGCACAGAGGGCCGGCUGCGUGUCCGCUCUCGUUCGAUCUCACUCAAGAAAUCCAAGCGCAAGCCGCCGCCUCCUGUGAGGAGUGUCUCCCUCAUGAAAAACCUCGGAGAAGCCGAGGGUAGAAUCCGGCGCGAAGGCGGUCUUUACCGAGAUGGCCGGCCAAAGAGCCUUCACAUACCCAGGGACCACUUCUCGGACUUUCAGCCCGAUUUCCUUCUUCCCAGCUCAUCAGCCUCUUCUAAAGCCAGUGUUAAUGAAAGAGUGCUAAGACCAGAAGGUAGUGAAGGACCUCCGAGUCUGGAGAUCCAGCCACCAGAGAGGGAAGGAGAGACAGAAAUGACCUUCCCUAAUCACUGGCAGUUGGGGGAUUGGAAGAGCAAUGACCCCUACAGGUCAUUGUCGGGCUCCAGUACAGCAACAGGUACCACAGUGAUCGAAUGUAUGAAAGUACGAGGUAGCUCAGAGUCUCUACUUGACUCUCCUGCCACCUCCAGAGCCACCUCGCCCUCACAGCUCUCCACAGAGACUGAAGCCAAGGCUUCCUCGCCCUUCAGACCCCCAGGACUCAUGUCGCCAUCAAGUGGCUAUUCCAGUCAAUCAGAGACUCCCACCCCAACGGUUCCACUCCGUCACGUGGCAGGUCAGGGGACAUUAGGGACAACUGGGUGUAAGAUGCGCCCAAAGAUCCCUGAGAGGAAAUCAUCGCUACCAUCACCCAAGGACCCAACUGCUCGGUCCAGAUUGUCCUUUGAAAUUCCUGGACAUGCACAUCCGGAGUUGGCAUCAAUCAAGCCAAAGCAAAAGGCCAGCAGGCGGCAUUCUGACACCUCCACCGCCUCAAAACCAGGAAAAAUAAGCCCCAAUUCUUCACAAGUGUUGCCUGUGGUAACUCAGAAUGAGCUGAAGACGAUUCGGCUUCGCUCUGUUUCCCGUGGCGACAUGGAAGAUUGCCCCGAUGGUGCCUCGGACACCAUAGAAGAAGAAGAACAUCAUGGCCAAGACCUUGGCGAGGACCCCAGCCCACCACCCACUCUACCAAAACCCAAACCACCUGUUGCCGUCAAGCCUCCGUUGCCGAAACGGCCCGUGAACCUCCUCUUCAAGUCCCCGUCUCCAUCCUCCACCUCCCCCCUUGCCCUCGACUCACCCCCUGCCUCGCCCGUGGAACGGCCAGUGCCUUUAGGGAACAUAUACAAAGUCAUGAAAAAGCCAAAACCCAAAAAGCCUCCGCCACAGACUCUAACAAGUUCUACAGUUCUACCAGAUUUUAAUUCUGCCACUAUGCCACAGACUGCCUACCAUCACUCGUUCCUCCCUCAGUCCGAGGCUCUCUUUGAUCUCCCACCUCUUCCAGAGCCUCAGCCUCUCCUGGAAGACCCACUGCUGGAGCCAGAAUUUGACACUGAACCAGACAUCCGUCUAGGACCUGCAGAUGGAGGCUCGCUCCCCUCACCGUGCAGUAACCAGGAGGCCCCAGAGCUUCAGGACAAGAGCAAGACACUCCCUUCACGGAUGACAAUCUCCUGCCUGGCAGAGCUGUCUGAUAAAAAGAAACCCAAAGUUCCUCCUCCAGUCCCCAAGAAGCCAAAUGUCCUGCUUCUUCCCACAUCUAUUCCCUCCUCCACUAAUGGCAGUAUGGAUCGUCAGAUGCUGCAGACCGACAGCCCCGUGGGGCUGCGGUCUCCAAUUGGAGGGUUCCCACCGGACGAUAUUCCUACUAUUCCUGGUAUUUCAGACAUGGUCGAGCAGGAUGAGAACCACCUGGGAACGGAUGAGGAGAGUUCAAAAGAGUCAUCGCUGCAGUCAUCGCUCCAAGAUUCCUCGCUCACGGAGCUCGGAGAGAAAAUGGCCAGCAUUGGUUUCGGAUCAGAUGACUCAUCUGCCAAUGAAAAGACUGUACUUCACAUCGCAGAGGAAACGGAUGACGACGUGAUGGCCAGCACGCCAACAACACACACCACCGAAGACCUCUUCACCAUUAUACACAGGUCAAAGCGAAAGGUGCUGGGUCGCAAGGAGCCGUCCGAUUCCUUCGGCAGUCGCCAGAGCCUGGUGUCGCCGGUAAAGCACAGUAGCAGUGGGGCCGAGCUCCGCAACCUGACCCUGGGCAGCACUCAGAGGUCCAGCUCCCGCAACGAGAACUUCAUGGCCCUACUGCAGAAGAAAGGCAGCAAGUCUUCCAGUGGAGGAGCCAGGGUCUCCGCCAUGGAGCUUUUGAAGAGCACAAACCCGCUGGCGAGACGCGUCACGGAAUUCUCAACGGCCGCGACUGUCGAGGGAGGAGAGGCGCCGACUGGGAGCGACAAAGCCGGCGAUCAGUGAACGGAAGUAUUACUUACAGACGUCAUCUACGGGUGGCCGCUGUUGACAAUGCUUCCAACCAGAUACGCCCCCUUGCUAAGGAUGGCGCCCUUGGACUCACGUGUCCAGCCAGACCGCUCCAACUACUGAGCGACCAUUUGCUCCGUCCAAUCAAAUUGGGUCACAUUUUUGGACAAAAUGGUCCUUUCUAGGGUUGGAGCGCUAUGGUUCACAAUCAAUCCUCUCCUUCCAGACAUAAGUAGAGCGGAAAACCAGUUCUCACCACAUGGAAUGAGCAGGACGGUUGGAUGAGAAGAUGACACUGGGAAUGUAAAGAUAUACUGUGGAUAUCUUCACUUCUGGCUCCUUCUGGAUGACGCUAAUGAGACGACACGACCGUGUUGAUAUAUCCAAAUCCAUACUGAUCUCCAACAAUCCCACAAAGGAUUAGUAAUCCAUUCAGUCCAAGAAUAAAAAUGGAGUAGGAGUAGGAUCUGAGACUUUUACAGUGCAUCUGCGACAGGUCCGAAGCCUGCAGCCCUCCGUGUGAACUGAAGGCUCGGUGACGGCUCAGAGAGGAAAAACGCCAAACCCUGGACACUGUAACUCCUUUCCCCCUCUAUGGUCCGUGCAAUACCAUAGCAGCCCUGCGGUUUUCAGCCGAAAAGGGCGGGAUUUACAACGAGAAACUGCAUGUGGACGUUCCGCCGCCAAACAUGAAGCAUGAGCAUAUUAUAUGUUUUGUUGCUCGUGCUGUGAAACGUGAACGUGGACCUUCACAAAACAUUCCAGAGGCACCAAGCAAAUGGACGAUACUAUGGAAGGCAAGCACUUUUCUUUCCGUUGGCCUUGGAGGUCGUUUACAUGGCGCAGUCACCUUUUGCGCCACUAUUCUUUUUUUCUUUUUAAUCCCCUCAUCAGUCUUUGAUUAUUACGUCUUUGUUUGAAUGUUUUGGGUUUUUGUUUGGCUCCUUUCAUUUUCUUAUACAGUACAUGCUAGAAAGGCCAUUUUCUGUUCACAUUGUAUGUAUCAUGUACAAAGAUAAAUGUAAAGCAUCUAUCGACAAAUUUCAGAGACGAGACAUAAAGUAAUGUAUAAUAAAGUAGCAAGAAGCUUGGGCUACAAUCUGUCCCCCCAGUGACGGGAGAACAAACACUAAAACACAGACACAGACAGACGGAAGAGAAAGCGGAAAGGGGCCACGCGAACACGUGCAGACGGAAUCACGCCUGUUGAGUUUCUGUAUCAGAGUGUAUGAAGCAGGCCUGGAUGUUAAACAGGGUUUUUAAUUCAUCUUUGGUCUCUGGUGGUUGGACCAAAGGACUGUUUCAAGCUACAAACAGACCAUAGGGGACCUAACGAUGUGUACGUCUGUGUGUGAAGAUGGAAAUGCCAAAAAAAAAAGAAGGUCGGAGAAUCCGAGCAAAAGCAGAGAGAGUGAAUAAAUGCGUGCCUGAUUUAUGUUUGCCUUUUUUUCUGUGCCUCCUCACUACGUGUCAUAAAUGUUUGCGUGUAACAGCAUAUGUGUGUUUGUGUGUGUGUGUGUGUGUGUGAAUGCAUCUCCAUCUUGCAUGCCCUCUUUUCUUUGGCAUGGGAUUAGGACGGUUCCAUUAGGCAGCCAUUAGUGAGCGCUCAAGGCGGUUUUUGGGGAUGCUAAAAUGUCUCUCUGUAAAUAAAGGAGGACGGGCAUCUUCACGUUAAUCUUCUGCUUCGUGUGCGCUUAAUCUGCGGCUCAUUUUGAAGUUUUAAACUUAUGUGGGACAACAGAAGUAAAUGGUGUUACAAAGUUCUGUACGGUUCAGGUUCUUGAAGGGGUUUCUACCAGAUAUGAAUCCAUUACUCUCUGAUAUCACUCCCCCAUCCGGCUGAGGCGGGUGGUCCCCGUUAUGGGGACGUUUUUCUUUCAGUUUAAAGGUUUUUCCUUUACAUAGUCUCAUUCUGUUUGCUCAGAUGAAGGAUUGAACCCAAGUGAAGCCUCGUUGCAACCUGUUGGGUUCCUUAUCCAUAAAAAUAAUAAUAAAAAAUGCAUUAUAGGAAUUUGAAUUCACAUGAAAUUGAUUAUAUUUGAAUAAAUAUACUGUAUAUUUGAUGUAUUUAGAAUAUAGUUAUAUUAUAAUUGGACCAAAAUUCACUAUAUUUAAGUGGAGUGAAUAGAACUUGUUUACUUUCUGUAUAAAAUGCCUCGGGAUGGCUUUUGGUGUGAAUUGGCACUAUGCAAGUAAACUGAAUUGAAAAUGUAAUCAAGCUAUUCCCUAUAUGGCAGAACCACCUAUAGCAGCAAUGACGUGGAAUGAUUUGUUUCUUUUUUGGACUUUACCAGUUUCUCACGGUGUUGUGAGGCAAUAUUGACUUACACUUUCUGAGAAAAGUUGCUUUGAUCCUUUGAGAUUUUCGAGCGCUCACUCAUGCCCAGCUCGCUUAGAUCCUGCCACAGCAUUUCCAGUUGCUCUCAGCUAUUUUGAUGUAAAUGUGCCCCAGUGCUUCGGUCGGUUGUCCUGCUGCGUGAGCUGUCAGACAGAUAACCUCACAUUUGCCUGGAGAAUACGCUGGUAUCCUCUGGUAAACAGCAGAAUUCAUGAUGGACUCCGUGACUGUGAAGGGUUCAGGUCCUGUGGUCUCGUUUGUCCAGAACUCUUGUGGUUUGUUCAGAUGCAGUUUUGAAAUCCUCUGUCAUGCUCUUCUUUAGAGGAAGAAAAUGCUUUUUUCCUGGCAUUCCUUCCGAACAGACCCUACUUGUUCAGUCUUCUUCUAAUUGUGCAGUCAUGGACUUUAACGUCCCCAGUGAAGGCCGUUGCAUCUAUAGUGUCGUCUGUGGGUUUCUAUAUUGUUUGGAAGUUUUUAUAAUCAUUUCCAGAUUUAUUGGCAACAACAAGCGCCUCUCUUAAACAUUAUAUGUGUCUUUCCCUCGUUCCAUAAUGUUAUCACACCUGAAUGUGUGUGUUAACCUGUUAACAGUUGCAGAGGUCAAGAAUACAAGAAUACAAGAACUGAUAAUAUUUGCAUAAUACUCAGAUCAGGUGAUUAAUUUAAUUUGACAAAAAAGACAUAGGAACAUAGAAAGAGAGGGUUUUAACAUUUGCACGUCUGCAUAUAGCCAUCUGAACAAGUGAUUCAGUUAUUUUGGACACAGCGUUCAUUUAAUUUAACAUUACGUCCCCUAAAACUUGAUGUUACGGUUGAGACGGCCAAAUCAUAUAGUUCUUUUUUUUUACACACAGUAUAUCACAUGCACAGAAAGUUGAAUUAUUGCCUUAGUCCGACUGAUAUCAAAGUUUUAAAAGCCAUGUAUACAUCUUAGUCGGCCUGCAGUUGAACCGAACCGAACCGAAAUGUGGUUCUAAUUCGAGCAUGUAAACGCAAACCGCGGUUGAUCAAGCCAUUGACCGGCCUGGGACGCCCCCUUCUGGAAGUGACCAGACCGCGGAAGCAGGAAUAAUAACAGUCACGGCAUCACAACAACACUGUAACAGAAGAAGAAGACUUUGCAUGCAUCUUAUGUGCAACACAAUCAGGCUUAGUGUGUACGAAAUGUACAGAGCUGCUGCAUCGUGGGGGGCCAUAUUUUCCCAUGUUUUUAUCCUCCUUCUAUGUCUACUUUCAAUCUUCUGUACUUUUUUACUAAUUGUUCUAACUAAGCAGAAGAAUGCAAACAUGAAACGUCAUGUAGCGCCACCUAGCGUCGCGGAGGGGAACGCACCUCACUCAAUAAUUCGAUUCUCUGCUGCGCAUGUAUACUCUUGAUUUCUCGGAAACUCAAUUCAAAGAGUAGAUUGUUGCCAAUAACUUGAUUUAGAUGUGCAUGUAACCACACUGACAGAUAUGUUGCCAUGCCGACAUACUUCUUGUCUAGGGGUUUAAGGAGCGGGGCAGAAACAGUUGUCUCUUUUCUUUGUCUUGUUCAGUAGUCAUGCCUCAGGAUUGCCAUGAAUGAGCUCUGCCAGUGUAAAAUAUCUGUGUUGGGAUGUGCAGCUUUUCCACUCUGCUGGUCUUACCCAUGGCACAGAUGCUCUGACUGCCUAAAUGUUAGGUUUCCUGCAGUGUUCAGUGGAGUGAAGGUGUCUCAGCUGAGAGACUUCUGGUGCAUGCCAUGAUGCCAGAGGAAAUCAUUCAACUAAGGGGGGUGGAUAGAUUCAAAUGACUGGAUCCAGUAUUCCACUCGCCUCCACUGUUCCCAUGCCUCCCAUGCCUCCCAUGCCUCCCAUGCCUCCCACUGUUUCAUACACGGUUGAGGAUGGUUGUGCUGCUGGAGCCUCUGACGUCUGAGCUGUGAUCAGAUGAGAAAAGCCAGAGCCGUUUCAGGACUUAAAGGAUUGUAGAAUCUAGAUGUUUGAGGAAUCAAAUCUGUGGAUUAUUACUUGAAAAGACUUUGUGAACCCCAAGAAAAAAUUGUAAUUGGCGACUGAGGAAGGCGGCGAAGCUGCUGCAGCCCGAGCUGAUGAACAAAGGGACGGGUUGAAAACGCUGUUCCCUCUAUCCAGAGUGGUGUUGCAGGAUGCGAGGUUUUGUUUGUUUUGCUCUUUCCACUGUGCACAUUUUCACACCCUGUCCCCGUCGUCGCAGAGAGGCGGCGAUUGUCUGCAUUCCCCACCUCCUCACCACUCCUUCUCUUCCUCCCUUCAUCACUGCUGGGGCACGCUCUCCAUCUGUCUCCCUUCUCCUCUACUUCUAUCCUCCCUCCCGGCACACAGCGUGCCGUACUUCCUCCCCUCGAUACUGCAGCCUCUUUCUCCUCCUUGUAGCACUUCCUCUCUCAGGCUUUUUUUCUUGCCACCUAUCUCCAGGCUUUCCUUGUCUUUCACCCUUCACUACACCCCCCCCCUUCCACCUUCCGUUUCCUUCCUCUCUCCUCCUCUCUCUCUGUAUUCAGUCUAUGCAUCUGAGCUCAGCAGAAGUCGCAACACCGAAUGAAUGUCAAUGAACGGACUGUUAAAAUAGACGCUGUUCUUAGUUUCAGAGUGAAAUGAUGUUUUUCUAUCAGUGUUUAUUCCAUCAAAUUUCUUUUUAUAUUUCCUUCGGUACGUCUGUACUGUAGGAUGACCAUGAGUGAAUGGAAGAAUGAACAAAUGAAUGGAUGAAGUAGAGAUGUGUUGUUGCUUAGAGGACCUUGACUUCCGGACCUUGAUGAAACGCCCUGAGGUCUUAAACCUUAGACAUCGGCUCUGGAUAACCGUGUGACGAGUCUGACUAGCAGUGGUUCCGGUCCAUUACCCGACCCGUCCCUGCACGGACCACCAUGGGACCAUAAGGAAACCCCUCAUUUCCUGGCUCCUACUCGGCUAACUAUCUCUUGGUGCUACUGAGUUAGAGCUCCACCUUGUGGACAGGAGAGGAGUAACAUACACACACACACACACACACACAGGAACAGGAAACACACUAUCACACAACAGUCCUUCAGGUAUUCCAUCAUCCUGAAAAAAUGGAUAAAUGAUCUACACUUACGAUGAAUAGUGAAGUGACGCUUAUUUUAAAUAUUUAGUGAAUGAAAAAAGAUAGACCUAUGAAACUCUGUGUUUGUUUGACUUGUAUACUGAUUACAGGCGUGUCACUGCGGCGCCUAAUGUUGUUUUUUUUCUUAAUGUUAUUUAUUUAUUUUUCUAUCAUUUCAGCUGUCUUCACAGUGUACACACAAAUAUCAGGCAAAAACUAAUAUGAAGUAAAUAAAUAGAUAAGGACAGUGUAGUGCAGGUGUAAAGAGGAGCACAUGCAUUUGAGGGAUGGGAAUAUUUGCCCAAAUCUGCAGUCGUAAAAAGGAGAUAGCGCAGUUAAGUCGCAGAGAUGGUGAAGUGGAGUUUAAAUCCUGGAGAGCGAGAGCCAGCACGAGGAAGAAGUGCCGUGUCGCCAACAAAAAGAUCUAGACAGUGAUAUGUGUUCCGUGAAAGACACAGACAUUUAUGUUUCACAAGUUCAGAGUGGCUAAAAUGUUAUUUUUAGUGUGUUCUGCUGACAAAAAGCAGAUUCCCUUGAAAUGAGGAGUCAGGGAGCAAACAAGCAAGCAGACACAUAUGGGUACACCAGUGAAAAACGAUGCUAAGUGUGGUGUGGGGAUGACGGCAUUUAAUCCUGAUUAAAACAGCUUUUCUGGAGUUUCUCAGACCGAGUUGCUUCAGAGGCAGAGGCAGAAUCACCGAGGGGUCAAACAUGAAAGUGUGCAGCUGCAGAACAUCUGAAAUAGAGCUGCCAACACACACCCAUUUUUUGCAACUUUAAUGAAAUGACAUGAAAGGAAACUAUAGCAACCUAUUUACUGACCGAGGGAACAAUAUUUAGAGUCUGCAGAGUCUGAAAAUGGGGACGACCAAAGAGCCGAGCCAAAUCAGCUCUGCUUUUGGUAGAAAACUACUGCCCUUAAUGUCAAUAUCAAACAAAUGCUGAUACAUUUCUAUAUUAAAAAUGUGAUUUAUGCGAGGAGAGAUGCUGUAAGGAAGAGAGGAGAUGAGGGUUUGAUUGCCACGCUGACAUUUGCACAUGUUCAUCUCUUCCAUCAGCUCCUCUCUCCCUGCAUCUCAGCCAGCUGUUCCCUCUCUUUCACUCAUAUUUGUAUUCCUCAAAAUAUCAUAUAAAGUAUUGUAGAAGAGUUUAAGAGUUAUCUUAUAGUUGGUCUCCCUACGGACAGACAAUAUUAAAAGUCAUAACACGCACAUGAGAAAAAACAGAUGUUGACACAAAAGUAUAAAUAUAUUAAUGCAUUUUAUUUGAGAACAAAUUUAACUUUGUGUCAAUUCAGUGAUUGCAGACCAGUUUACAAAAAUUAAGCAUUUCUACUAAAACAAAAUCCACUAAAUAUGAGUCUCUGUAAAAGAAAUACAGCCUGUCAAUGUAAUGGCUUUAUUUUCUGUGGAGAAAUAUCCAUCAAAGAAAUACUUUACACAGAUAAUAUUUUCCAUCUGACUUUGCUCUGAUAUUUGUGACACAUACCCAGAUGGAAAAAAAAAUGUUUGGCUCAAAUUUGGCCAACUCAGCAGUUUUCAUCUUAUUCUUUUUGCCCCAUGUUUGCCUUUGAUCGGUGCCAUUGACUCAGCGUGAUUGCGGCUGCCCAAACUUGGCCACAUAUCCACCAGAUGUGGCCGCCUGGCCCUCGCCACACUUGUCCCGUGUUAGAGCAGGGUAAUAAACUUUGGGACACAUCUGGCUCACAGAGCACAUACCAAAACCAUAUUUGGUCCAGUUUAUGAUCUUUGAGAAACAUUCAUCCCAAAUAGCAUUCGUAAGUGACCCGUAAGCACUAAAAAAAAGCCUGGAUUACGUCCAAAUGUCUCUGCUAUUGGGAUAACAUCUCAAAGAAAGAUGAUGACAGACCUAGAUUGACAACAGUAGAUAUACAUUUAUUCUAAAUUACAUUAAACUUGUAAAAAUAAACUACUAUUUUUUCAUAUCUAAAGAAAAUUAUAUAAAUAUAGUAUUACGUAAUGAUACCAUUCCAAGACUCGUGUUGUCUCCCAAGCAAAGUGAAACAAAGUUGGAAUAUAACAAGUUUUCCUGCACUGACAUUUGCAAUAAAAGAGAGAAAAAUAAAACAAAUAGAUGUACAUUUUAUUUAUCACUAUAUUUGCUAUAUUCAUUCAUCUGCCCAAGCUGAUCUUCACAAGCCAGUAAACACAAUGGCCCAGUGAGUUGUAUUUGCACACAUAUUUUUAAGUAUUACUGCCCACUUAUGUCCAAAGACGAAAUCAAAACCUAAAGACACAACUCCAGCGUGUAUCUGCUGCUCAACUAACGCUGAUUUGUUUGGCAAUCAUGAAACUACACUCAAAUUAAGCAAAAAUAAUUUGAGCUUUUUGCAAUUUUGACACAAGGAUUUGGGGUCAAGGCUAUAGAAAUGCAAGUAAAGGCUGGGCCAGGUGUGUGUAUAUGUGGUGAGACAUCCACAGUAACUCCAGAUUGUAAACUGUUGGGACUUUGGCGCAACUUUAUGAGAGAAUGAAUGAGGGCGAAAAGGCGGCAGGGAGACACCCUAGCUGCAGAUUUGGGCCCCUGACGUGUGCAUCGGGGGUCACUGCGGAGUGGAGGCGGUGCCCAUCUCAAACUCUGAUGUAAAUCGGUAAACUCUUCUGCCUCUCCGAGCGAAGCGUGCUGAACAAACCACUAACCGAGUUUAAACUGCAGCUUUGGCUGCUGUGCAAGGCAGCUCAUACAGACACAGAGAUGACAAGUAGAAAGACAUAUCGAGAGACAGACAAAGUUAUUGGAAUUAUUCUAUUUUUGUUAAUCAUCAUGAAAAAAGACAUAUUUAAAGGAAUAUUUCAUUUAUGUAUUGGAUAUCCUCUGUUUUCCUGCCCCGUCUGAUGGUAUGACCUGUAGCUGCAGAGCUGCGUCUCACACACGCGCUGCCCGUCGCAGCUAUGCAAUGCCAGUCUGAUGAAACUAUUAUUAUAUCACUAUAAAUAAAUUAUUUUUUUUGGCUUAAAAACUGGAUGUUUGGUCUGUGUACUUUUCCUUCUGCCUCCUA